ACAAAGAGAAGAGAGACACAAGCAGCAAGAAGAGAAACAACAGAAGCAAACAAGAUGAUGAUGAUGAUGAUGAAGAACCCCAUUUUUCUGGUGGCCUGCGUCUUGCUUUUGUCAUCUCUCACUGUCCUGGCGUCUGACAAUACCUUUGGUCCGGACAAAUGCUGUUUUAAGUUCGUUAGCAAACCUCUGCCUAAGAAGAAGGUGGUGAGCUACAUACACACGGACAAUCUGUGUUCGAUGGAGGGUGUGCUCUUUAAAAUGGUAAGAGGUAAUGAAAUCUGCGCCGACCCAACUCAGUCCUGGGUGAAGAAAGUCAUGGAGGCUGUAGACAUCCAGAUUGGGAGAGUGACCAGCUCCACGCCCAGCGCAUCUGAGUGACCCAGUGUAUACUUACCAUUACACUUAAAAAAAUAUCUGAGCCAAGUAAAAUUUAUGUAGAAAUUUAUCUUUAUUCUCACCACUGUUAUGAACAAUAUUUUCUAUAUGGAUUAACAAUAAAUCUAAACUAAAUA